AUGCCUCCCAAGCAGUUAACACCUCACCAAGUUUCGAGUGGACUGUCAUAUGUACACAAGGAAGCACCUUUCCUGUCCCGAUUGAAACGGAAUCGGGAAGAGGAAGAGCAAAAGAUGCGAAAAUUUGAAAAUUAUGACGAUGGACAAGAUGACGACGACUAUAAUGAACUUGACGGCGCGCAAGUGGUGACGCUAGACAAGCAUGGGAAAGAGAUCCAUCAAUCCGCACAGAAUGACGAUGAUGACGACGAAAAGAAGGGCGAGGAAGAGGACGACGACGGCAAAGACGACGAUCGGCCUGCCGUAGAUGAAAGCGGACGAAUCUUAUUUCGUGCUAAAAAGAAGAAGCGCAAAGCCCCUGCUGAUGGUGAUAAGGGUGAUGAUGCAGGUGCCAGUACAGAAAAAGGCACAGAGAAGAAAGAGUCAAGCGACAAGAAAUCAAAGAAAAAGAAGGCCAAGAAAGCCGCCGCCACUGUAAAACUUUCUUUUGACGAUAACGACGAAUAA